CUGACGCUACGGCACAUUAUUCCAAACGUUUUGGUCGGUUUUUACUACAUUUAACACAUUUAUUUGUAUUUGAAGUUUCAUAAUGAGUGAUAUUGAGCGAAGUGGUAGUCGGAGUGCAAGUCCUAGAAGACCAAGAACUGCAGAUGGAGGUUUAAGAGAUUCGCGUUCACAUUCAAGAUCACGUAAAUCACGAGAACGUAAAGAAUCUCAUCGACCAGUAAAAGAAUAUUCAAGAUCUCGAAGCCGUUCAGUGUCAAGAGGAAGAAAAUCUUAUCGCAGUAGCAAAUAUGCCAGUGCAGGUCAUCGUGGUAGUAGUCGCAGCCGUAGUCGUUCUCCUUAUAGGGGUGGGCGGUAUUCUCGAAGCAGAUCUCGAUCAUACUCACGUUCCCGUUACUCCCGUGAACGUGAUAGGAACAUUUAUCGUUCACAUUCUCGCAGUCCAAUGUCAUCUAGACGGCGACAUGUUGGAAACAGGGAUAAUCCUUGUCCUUCCAGAUGCUUAGGUGUAUUUGGACUUUCUAUUUUUACAACUGAACAACAAAUACAUCACAUUUUUUCCAAAUAUGGACCUGUUGAACGUGUACAAGUUGUAAUUGAUGCAAAGACUGGACGUUCACGAGGUUUUUGUUUUGUAUAUUUUGAAUCAUCUGAAGAUGCUAAAGUAGCAAAAGAACAGUGCACAGGAAUGGAAAUCGAUGGUCGAAGAAUAAGGGUAGAUUUUUCAAUUACACAACGAGCUCAUACACCAACCCCAGGAAUUUACAUGGGAAAACCUACACAUCUCCAUGAUAGAGGAUGGGAUGGACCCAGAAGAAGAGAUAGUUACAGAGGAAGUUAUCGACGUUCGCCUAGCCCGUACUACAAUCGCCGUCGUUCACGCUACGACAGAUCUCGAUCACGCUCUUAUUCCCCACGUAAGUUUACUUUUUGUUGUCAUACUGGACGUUCACGAGGUUUUUGUUUUGUAUAUUUUGAAUCAUCUGAAGAUGCUAAAGUAGCAAAAGAACAGUGCACAGGAAUGGAAAUCGAUGGUCGAAGAAUAAGGGUAGAUUUUUCAAUUACACAACGAGCUCAUACACCAACCCCAGGAAUUUACAUGGGAAAACCUACACAUCUCCAUGAUAGAGGAUGGGAUGGACCCAGAAGAAGAGAUAGUUACAGAGGAAGUUAUCGACGUUCGCCUAGCCCGUACUACAAUCGCCGUCGUUCACGCUACGACAGAUCUCGAUCACGCUCUUAUUCCCCACGUUUUGAAUCAAGAGGUAUUGGAUGAUAGAGGGAAGUUUGAAGUUUCACUCUGAAAAAAUGAAAGUUUUGAAAAGUUGAAGACAAGAUAUCUGAAGAUGUUUGUCUUGCUCGAAUUUCGAAGAUCCGAAGGUUUUUCGCGCUUGUGACAAAGAAUAUGAUCCGAAUCGCAUUCCUUACCGGCUGAGAAGUCUCAAGCCUAGAAGAACUGCAAGCACUCUGUAGAAAGCAAGCCUCAAGACAGUAAGAAAUCGUUGAUCAUCAGGCCCCCGACCUGGACAAGCCAUUGGUUGGGGGUGAAACUGGUCGAACGUUUCAGAAAAUGUUCAAGAAGCAUCGAAAUCUUUUAUGAGUAGGGAUAAGAGCGUAAGCUGCUUCAAGGUUUAUACCGAUCAUAUUCUUUAUCAGUUGAUUUGGUUAAAUGAUAUAUCCGUAAUUAGGUGUUAAAAAUAAAUAAACAUAUAUACCUUCGCCCUUAUUCCCUCCACCAUCCUAAAACCUCCUAUUUAUCCUUAAGGGUGACAUCCUAUUGUUUUCAUUUUGUAUAGGAAUAA